UAAGGUUGGUUAAGGGUUAUAACAAACUGUUUUUGAAUACACAAGGGGGGCUUAAGUUUAUGAAUAGCUGUAGUCUCAGCGUAUUUAAGAAAGCACCCAUGACCGUUUUAUAGAUGACAUUAAAGCCUGAGUUAACAUCAAUCUUAUGGUUCAUCUCGAUUAGAUGUUUGGCUAUAGACGAAGUUGGUAGUCUGACACCUGCAUCUAUUGGUUUUUCACAAUUCAUUUGUUUUUCUAACCAUUUUGGGAUAUGCUCUCCCGCACCCACAUGCAAAGCGCGAUUACUCAUCCCCAUGUAUGUGUUCCAACACACACGAAAAUUGUUAAAUUGUGUGGGAUGUGGCAUAAUCACUUGUGCACCCUUGAGGUUUGCAGUGGAGCUUAUUUCUAGCUUUCUCGACAAUUACAAGCCGGCUUGCAUAACGCAUGGUCGAAUUCAACCUUUGUCUAAAAAUCCUAUUGUUUAUUUCCCCGUCAUAUGGUAAUUUGAUGGAAAGAUUAUUCUUAAGGGCGGUAUAAACUGUAGGUUUAGUGACUAAUUGAUUUCUAAGCCUGUUUAAAAAUUUUAAAGGAUAUCCGUUUUCAACAAGAGUAU